AUGCCGAUAUUCUUGAACCAGCCGGAAGGAGUCCGCAAGGCGACCGGCUUCUGCCCCAAGCGGCGCUCCGGAUCGGGGCCCGAUGUCGCCUACCGGAUCUCCCGCCAGGCUCAGAUCAGCGCCCCCACCCGGCAGCUCUUCCCAGGUAAAUUCCCGGAGGACUUUUCCAUCAUGGCGCUGGUGAAGCCCAAAUCCGGCCUGCAGACCUUCCUGCUCUCCAUCUACAACCAACACGGGCUGCAGCAGCUGGGCGUGGAGCUGGGACGCUCCCCCGUCUUCCUCUACGAGGACCAGAACGGCCGCCCGGCCCCCGAGGACUACCCCAUCUUCCGAGGGGUCAACCUGGCGGAUGGCAAACUCCGGCCACGGGUGAGCCUCCCUUCGUAUAACGCUGGGAGUUAUUCUAGGAACCGGCUCUCGGGCGAAGAGGGUGACAUCCAACAGCUUCUGAUUGCCUCCAACCCGCAAGCUGCCUACGACUACUGUGAGCACUACAGCCCAGACUGCGACGGGGCCACCCAGAAGCCUCAAGCCCAAGAAGCCCGGCAGAGACCUGCCCCCAGGCCAGAGUACUAUGAUGAGGACAUGGAGGAAGAUUACCAGUACCCCUACUAUUACGAGGGAAGGACGGGCUCUCCCUCCUCCCUGCCUCUAGGGGGAGCCAGUGAGCAGGAUGUGGGGCUGCUCCCUACAGAACAGCCCUGGGUGGCUCAUGGAUACCCCGACUACACCCUCCCUCCUGAUGAGGUGGAUGCCAAUUACUGGGAAGAGAGCCCCACGGGGGAGGUGCACCCUCCUGCCCCAUCAUCACCCUGGGUAGAGGAGGAGGUCCCCGACCUGCAUCCCAACGAAGCGGUGGUGACGGAAGAAGAGGCGCCCAGUGUGGCUCUGGAGUACGACUACGCUUAUAAGAGCUAUGGCGAGGGGGCCGAGCCGUCGGAGCUGGGCCCCGUGCUCUCGGCCGAGACCCCUCAGAGCGGAGGCGUAAGUGGGGGCUCGGCCCCCUUCCUGUCGUGUCAUGUCGUCCCCACUUCCUCUCCUGAUCUCCUUCGUGUCGGCCGUACUUGUGCGCGAUGCCCCUUCCGUGAUGGGGGUCUCCUUUCCAAUCGGCUUCUGCACUGCAAACCCCCUUUCUCGAUGCCACCAAAGCCUCUUCAUGUUUGCAAGCCAGCAUUUCAUGGAUUGAUCUUCUCUGCCCUUCCCUGGUCUGGUGUUUGUUGCAGCUGGCUGCCACAUUGUGAACGCGUCGUCUUGUCCCGUAACCUUGUCUGUGGCGUGUGGAUGUCAAACUCCCUCCCCCUUUCCCUUUGGUGCCCUUUGUAUGGUGCCAGUGCUGGAUUUGAUUACCAGUUUGGGGGCAAAGGGCAGAAGCCCCCACCCCCAAAAUGGGACAUGGCUGCCUCUUUGGGGUUACAUGUGUGUUAUCCACAGGCGGUGCACGGAGCCAGAGGUUUAAAAGGAGAAAAAGGGGAGCCCGCCGUCUUCGAACCUGGCAUGCUGGUGGAAGGUGCGCCUGGCCCAGAAGGACCACCGGGUAUCAGCGGGCCGCCAGGAACCCAGGGGCCUCCAGGACCUCCCGGGGAUGCUGGGGAGAGGGGCCCCCCCGGACGCCCCGGCCUUCCUGGGUCAGACGGUUCUCCGGGGCCCCCCGGCACCUCCAUGAUGCUUCCGUUCCGUUUCGGCAGCAGCGGAGGCGGCAAAGGACCGGUGGUGGCCGCCCAAGAAGCUCAAGCCCAGGCCUUCCUCCAGCAAGCCCGAAUGGCCUUGCGUGGCCCUCCGGGACCGAUGGGGUACACAGGCCGGACGGGACCCUUGGGGGAACCUGGCAGUUCUGGGAUGAAGGGAGAGCAAGGAGACUUUGGUCCGCAGGGACCUCGUGGGCCACCAGGACUGACCGGGCCCCCCGGGAAGCCUGGACGCAGAGGUCGUGCGGGAGCUGAUGGGGCCCGAGGUAUGCCAGGGGAAUCUGGCUCCAAGGGUGAACGUGGGUUUGACGGACUCCCUGGCCUUCCCGGAGAGAAAGGACACCGGGGUGACUCCGGCUCUCAAGGCCUGGCAGGUCCUCCCGGGGAAGACGGUGAGAGGGGAGAUGAUGGCGAAGUGGGUCAACGUGGACUUCCUGGAGAACCAGGACCGAGAGGUUUGCUCGGCCCUAAAGGCCCUCCGGGGAUCCCAGGCCCGCCGGGAGUGCGUGGCAUGGACGGGCCGCACGGGCCAAAGGGGAACCUGGGUCCGCAAGGGGAGCCCGGACCCCCUGGCCAGCAGGGAACGCCAGGAACACAGGGGCUGCCUGGACCUCAAGGAGCCAUGGGCCCUCCUGGCGAAAGGGGUCCUCGAGGGAAACCUGGACUUCCAGGGAUGCCUGGCUCUGACGGACCCCCGGGCCACCCUGGCAAAGAGGGUCAUCCUGGUACCAAAGGAAAUCAGGGAGAAGAAGGUUUUCCUGGGCUAAAAGGCGACAUGGGCGUGAAGGGGGACAUUGGCGAAGUCGGCGUCCCAGGAUCCCGGGGUGAAGACGGACCCGAAGGCCCCAAAGGCCGGACGGGGCCCCCGGGAGAUCCCGGCCCCAUUGGGCCCGUGGGAGAGAAGGGCAAACUCGGUGUUCCAGGCCUGCCUGGCUAUCCGGGGCGCCAGGGUGCCAAGGGAUCACAAGGCUUCCCGGGAUUUCCCGGAACCAACGGUGAGAAAGGCAGUCGGGGUGUAUCUGGGAAGCUUGGGCCCCGAGGAGAGCGUGGACCCUCGGGUCCCAGAGGCCAGCGUGGGCCACGAGGAGCCACCGGCAAGCUUGGACCAAAGGGCACCUCUGGCAGCGAAGGACCUUCCGGCCCCCCUGGCGAACGGGGGGCUUCUGGCCCCCGUGGAGCCACCGGUUUCCCCGGACCAAAAGGACCCCCGGGUCCCUCUGGGAAAGACGGGGUGCCCGGCCACCCUGGGCAGCGAGGAGAAGUCGGAUUCCAAGGCAAGCCUGGCCCCCCCGGUGGCCCUGGAGUGGUGGGUCCUCAGGGAGCGCCGGGAGAAACAGGCCCCAUGGGCGAACGAGGGCAUCCUGGCCCGCCAGGCCCACCCGGAGAGCAAGGCCUGACAGGGCCAUCUGGAAAAGAAGGGACAAAGGGGGACCCCGGGCUUCCUGGAGUCCCAGGAAAGGACGGCCCGGCUGGACUGCGAGGCUUCCCCGGAGAACGUGGUCUUCCUGGCACCCCUGGAGGCCCAGGACUGAAAGGAAAUGAGGGACCCCCGGGACCCCCAGGACCCGCCGGUUCUCCAGGGGAGAGAGGGGGACCAGGAUCAGGUGGCCCCGUUGGGCCCCCAGGAAGGCCCGGUCCUCAAGGCCCGCCUGGUCCAGCCGGAGAGAAAGGCGUACCUGGUGAAAAAGGCCCCAUCGGCCCGUCCGGCCGUGACGGCGUUCAGGGUCCCGUUGGACUGCCGGGUCCUGCAGGACCGCCGGGGGGCCCUGGCGAAGACGGGGACAAGGGCGAAGUGGGCGACCCAGGCCAGAAGGGCAACCGAGGGGGAAAAGGAGAGCAGGGUCCCCCCGGCCCCCCAGGCCCGCUCGGCCCCCUCGGACAACCAGGACCGGCGGGUGCCGACGGAGAGCCUGGCGCGAGGGGUCCCCAGGGCCACUUUGGGGCGAAAGGUGACGAGGGCACCCGAGGGUUCAAUGGCCCCCCAGGGCCCAUUGGCUUGCAGGGCAUGCCCGGACCAUCGGGCGAAAAGGGUGAGACUGGAGACGUGGGGCCCCUGGGACCGCCUGGCCCCCCAGGACCCCGAGGCCCGGCUGGACCCUCUGGAGCGAACGGUCCACAAGGCCCCCCCGGAGGCGUUGGAAACCUUGGCCCCCCAGGACCAAAGGGUGAGCCAGGAGAAGCCGGCGGACCCGGGGUUCCUGGGGAACCGGGUGGCAAGGGCCCACGGGGGGAAAGGGGAGAGAAAGGGGAACCGGGCACGGCGGGUGAUCCUGGACCCCCCGGUCCAAAAGGGCCCGUGGGAGACGAUGGGCCGAAAGGCAACCCAGGCCCGGUAGGUUUCCCUGGAGACCCGGGACCCCCCGGUGAAAUGGGACCACGGGGCCAAGAUGGAGCCAAAGGCGACAGGGGAGAAGAUGGAGAACCUGGAGAGGCGGGUUCACCGGGGCCAACUGGUGAAAAUGGCCCACCUGGCCCACUUGGGAAAAGGGGAGAAACGGGUGCCCUGGGCCCCCCUGGCAAGACGGGAGCAGUGGGGCCUCAGGGACCUCCAGGGAAACCCGGAACGGACGGGCUGAGGGGACUCCCUGGAUCCGUGGGCGCCCAAGGCAAACCAGGGCCCACCGGCCAGGCUGGACCUCCAGGACCCAUAGGCCCCCCAGGGUUGCCUGGAUUGAAAGGCGACACCGGAGCCAAAGGAGAGAAGGGCCACCCGGGUCUCAUCGGCCUGAUCGGACCCCCCGGGGAGCAAGGGGAGAAAGGGGACCGGGGCCUGCCUGGCCCUCAAGGCAACAAGGGACCGAAAGGAGACACCGGCAUCCCUGGUCCGUCCGGCCCCAUUGGCCCCGCAGGGCAACCCGGACUUCCUGGCCCCCCUGGACCCCAAGGCCCGAAAGGAGCCACGGGUCAAGCCGGACCGAAGGGUCAGCGUGGAGCGCCUGGAGCCCCCGGGAUGCCGGGCCCUCCGGGCGAAGUGAUCCAGCCGCUGCCCAUCCAGAGGCCGAAGAAGAACAAGCGCUCGGUUAACGUAGACGGCAGCCAAAUCAUGCCGGAGGAGGAAAAGGAGGAGAGGAUGGCCUCGGACACGGCCGGCCACCCGCCGCACUCCGGGGGCAUGGAAGAGAUCUACGGUUCGCUCAACUCCCUCCGGCAGGAGAUCGAGCACAUGAGGAAACCUCUGGGCACCCAGGACAGCCCCGGGCGCACCUGCCAGGACUUGCAGCUCUGCCAUCCUGAGUGGCCGGACGGCGAAUACUGGAUCGAUCCCAACCAGGGCUGUGCACGGGAUUCCUUCAAGGUCUACUGCAACUUCACGGCCGGAGGCGAGACGUGCGUCUUCCCCAGCAAAGAGACCCGAGAGGUGUCUAUGGCCUCGUGGGAAAAGGAGACGCCAGAAACCUGGUUCAGCCAAUUCCAGAAAGGGAGUAAGUUCUCCUACGUGGACGCCGAGGGGAACCCCCUGGGGGUCGUCCAGCUGACCUUCCUGCGGCUGCUGAGCGUCUCGGCCCGGAAGAACUUCACCUACCACUGCCAGCGCUCGGCCGCUUGGCACAGCCGCGACCCCCCUGCCGGCGCCUCCAGCACCACGGUGGGGGGAUACCGGCGGGCCCUGCGCUUCCUGGGGGCCAACGACGAGGACAUGAGCUACGACAACAGCCCCUACAUCAAAGCCUUGGCGGACGGCUGUGCGGUGCGGAAGGGGGCAGACAAGACGGUCCUGGAGGUGAACACCCCCUUAGUGGAGCAGCUCCCCCUGCUGGACGUGCGUGUGACGGACUUUGGAGAGCCCAACCAGAGGUUUGGGUUCGAGGUGGGGCCGGUCUGUUUCCUGGGCUAGAGCGAAGCCCCUCCACCGGUUGAGCCUCUUCCCCCCCCACCUCCCCCCCACCCCAACUUCUCUGCCCCCCCGCCUUCCUCUCGGCCUUCAGUGGGGCAGCCCUCCUCGUCCCUCCUCCCUGCCACCGCCUGGACCGAAGGGAACUCAUCCGGAUCCUCCAGCGCCAGCCACAGCCGUGCCCUCUGGGGGGCACCGCCACCCCUACAACACCCCCCCCUCCCCAGAGGGGAGGCAACGGUGCAGAGAAGAAAGGGAGACCAAGAGACUUUGGAACCAAUUAAUUUUCCCCCCACUGUCUAGAGGCUCAUGGGAUCCUCUACCUCUUUUAUCCUGCAGUGGCUGAUGGGCUUUGCAGUCACAACCCCCCUCCCCUCCCCAAUAGCAACCCUAGUUUCCAUCAUCCCGGUUUAGGGGGGGCACUAACCAGACUUAAAGGUGGGGCUGAAGACCUGUAGGUUUUGCGGGGGGGGGGAGCGCGGCCCGUCAGCCCUCAUCCGGCUACACCCCCCCACCCCCCACCCCCGCGUGUUUUUCCCAACUUUUAACACUGGCGUGGAUGAACGCGGUGCUCCGUCUCUCCUACCUCAAGAGAUAGCCGGAGGGGCGAGGACCGCGCAGCUGGGGUCCCGAAGGCAGCACCCCCUCCCCCUCCAAGCCUGGGGGGGCACCCUAAUAUCCUGGGGCAUGGGGGGGAGAGUGGAAGUGCCUUUGAAGCCUACACAUCUCCAGUCUCGGGGAAAUCCAGGGGGAUUUUGGAA